AUGUCGUCCAAGAGAGUCCCCUUGUCGAACAAUCCCCAUGCCGUCAAUUCUCCAUACAGAUCCGCCGCUGGAGCUGCAUCCAAGCCAAAGCGAGCCUAUGCCACCAUCCAACGCGAAGAGGCUUACGGCCAGCCUCCACCUGCCAAAAAGCAGAUGCUCGACAAUCACCCAACUCUAAGGACCCCACCUCGGCAACAAAUUACUCAACCAUCGGCGGAAGGACGGGUAUUUACUCGGAGGUCGAAUAUCACCCAGCAGUCGGCUUUUGAGCGAAAGCUUGUGGCGGCACGGGAGAGACCUCAACAGGUCAUCACCAAGGUGGAGAAGACAUCAGAGGAGAACUUGGAGACAAUCAGACAAUGGCAAAAGCACUAUCGGAAGAUCUUCCCGAACUUCGUGUUCUACUUCGAAAGUGUACAGGAGGAUGUUCGCGUUAAGUGUACGAAGCAAGUUAUUGCGCUUGGUGCACGCGAAGAGAAGUUCUUCUCUAAUGCAGUGACCCAUGUCGUAACGACCCGGACAAUUCCACCUGCUCAGCAGACCAGCUCGACUGAUACUCGCAUCACAUCCUCCACAAAUGAUUCUCAGUCCGGCCAGGCUCAGACUAUCAACCCUUCACUCCUUGAUCGAUCAUCAGAAUCAGCAAAUGAGCUGGGGGGCCGGACCAAGUUCACAUUUGACGCGCCGGUCAACAGAAGAACGGCAACCCACAGUCACGAUGGGGAGGUAAAGAAGCAGCAAGUACGAAAUGCAGAUGUUCUGUACAGAGCUCGGGAAUUGGGCAUGAAAAUUUGGGCACUUGAAAAGCUACAACGAAUGAUGACAACCAUGUUUGAUACAGAGACAGGAUACCAGGCCGCCCAUGGACACAACACCAGGAGUAACUCGGUAUCUACGACGAUCCCCAGAACGACUCGUCAGACAGAUCUCUCACAGCUCCUCCGUAAUGAAAGAAUCAAUGGGCCUUCUGACCGAGAUCCUACGGUCGCCACCAAGGAAAUCACCUUGUUCAAGGGUCCAUUUAUUUAUAUCCACGAUAUUGAUGAGAAGCAACGGCCGAUAAUGGUUCGAGAAUACAGCAAGGUAGCUAACAAGGAACAUGGUGACUGGCCUCAAUUUCGUAGCGUUGCCCAUGGCAAAUGUCCGUUUGUCGAGGAAGUCGAUAACAGCCGACGAGAAGCCGAGAAAGAAGACAAGUUGAGACUUCAAAGGCAACAGGAGAAGGAGAAGGCUAUGAUUCCCAGGACACGCGCCGCGGCCGCAUUUCAGGCCGCUAAGAUGCAGCCGCCAAAAGCUAUCACUGGCAAACGGACUCUAUCCGAAAUGGACAGUGCUUCGAAUCGCGGGGUCACUGUCUCAACCAAGCAAAUUAAUCCCUUUGCUCCAAGCAAUGGCUCUUUGUCUCACGACAUAGAUCAAGAAGCUUCUUCCAGAGGUAACGCUUUCGUAAGUCGGGCAGGUGUAGGCCGUUUGUUCGGAGGAGAACCUGUGGCGUCUGGUCUGCAACCUUCAAAUAUUACAUCGGCAAUUCGGUCCACAGUGAUCUCCUCAACAGCGGCCCAGCCAGGAGCUAAGGCUGGAACCAGCAAGGAGGUUCAUGGCCUCCAGAGAAAAGUCCUGGAAAAGAACAGUGGAGGGCCUGCAUCUUACAACGGUCCGAGCUCUCACCGUAUGACAGAUGCUAACGCCACCGCGAGAGAGGAAGCUGUGAACAAGCCCUCGAAGAUAAGAGGAAGGGACAAGCUCAGCUUGAUUGAAGAGGAUGUGAACCCAUCUGAGACUGAGCGGCAUGCGAGAAAGGUCGAGGCUACUCGGAAAGCCAGGGCAGCUCACCAGAGAAAAGUGCAGAAGCGGGAUCCCAAGCCUGGAUACUGUGAGAAUUGUCAGGACAAGUUUGAUGACUUUGACGAGCACAUCUUGUCCAGAAAGCAUCGCAAAUUCGCUGAGAAGCUAGAGAACUGGACCGAGCUCGAUGCCCUCCUAGGCCAAUUGUUACGACCACGCCGCCACAAGGAUGUGUGA